AUGGCUACUAUUCCAAUUGGCACAGGGAGAAACUGGCUACGAUAUUUUGAGUAUGAAGAAAGAAGAGACACACCAAAUGAAACAAGAAACAUUCUUCUGAUAAUUUUCACUUUGAUUGGUGCAGUGACAUUUCAGGCUGGAGUGAAUCCUCCUGGUGGAGUUUGGCAAGAGAGUAAGGAAGGAAAAGAAGCAGGAAGUGCAAUAUAUGCUUCAAAUAAAGAAGCUUACUAUGUUUUUCUCAUCUUCAACACUUUGGCUUUCUCUAACUCCAUCUUUGUCAUCUUGUCACUCACAUACAAGUUUCCUUUCCAUUGGCCUGCCCCUCUUUCCAUGGCUGUGACUUAUGGAUCAGCCAUUUUUGGUGUCUCUCCCAAGAAAUCUAUCAGUUUUCGAUAUGUUCUUAUCACUGCUGCGGGGCCAUUUGUUGUGAGGAUUCUUGUUCUUAUCUUCAACGUGUUCUUGAGGCAAUAUUUCGUUAAGAAACCCACCAAUAACUCAACCUGAGCAGUUCGUGUUUAAUUUGAUCUUAUGCAACUCUAGCCAGAACUUAGUUUUGGACAAAUAUGUCCUAAACUUACUAGCUCGUUCUAGGAAAUUUAUUUUGAAAAUUAUUACAUUUGGAAUUACUUUAGAGAGAUAUAUUGAUUCUAAUUUGUAGCAAAUUGCAUUCGACUUGAAUGAAUUACU